AUGGACAAGGGGAGUAAUGUGACCCCUGCUGCACAUGGGCAUCAAGAGAAAAUAAGGAGGGAACCACUGGCCACUGCUGUAACUUUACCAAAUCCAUCCAAGUCUCUUCCAAUUCUACAAGGGAAUGAAUCAUUGCAUGGCUCCUCUAAGACUGCUGCUGAUAAUUCAAGUUUGGGAAGACAUGGAUACAGCAAACUAACUAGAGUGACCACUAUUCAACAUAAAACAAACACCAUUGUCGAUCCCUUAACCAAGGCACCUAUGGGAAAUCCUAAAAGUCCUGGACAUGGGAGAAAAGAAUUGAAAGGAAGAGGAAGAGUUAUGGCAGAAUCUGUCUCAUUCGAAGUCAAAAUGGAUGAAUUCCCAGAGCUGAGCGGCAUCUUUGUGGACCAAGCACCCCAUUUCCCAAGAAAAUGCUGGGGAAAUCCUCAAAGUUUUGAAGAAAAUACAGAUACAGCAUGGAAGGUGAACAAAAAGGAACCCAUAUCAAAUUAUAAGCCCCGACAAACUGAUCUAAGUUCUAACUCACUUGGAGAUGAAAAGGAUCCAAAAAAUGUCUCUGUAACAAGCUCCUGGGCCAACAUUGCCUCUCAACCUCCCAAAAAAACAGCUCAGAUUGAUGAAGUGGUAGAGCAAACAGAUAUAGAGAAUGUGGGGAAGAAAAAGCGAAAAAAGAAAAGAAAGAAGCCAAAAGGGGCCGCUGAAGAGAUGGAGACCGUCUCGGAUAAUGACAAUUUGUGUCAAGACCCUCCCAAGUUUGAGGAUGAGGAGGAGUUUCCUGGUUUAAAUCCCUUUACUGCGAGAGAAAGGUUAAUGAACAGAAGCAAAACAACCCAUCUGUCCAAUGACGAAAACCAAAGAAAGGGCAUUCAACAACAGGCUAUGGAUCAGAAUAAGGACAGAAGCAAAAGUGCAAAGUCUCUGAAUGUAGACCCUCCAAAAGUACAGAAAGCGGAAAAGGUUUCAGGUAAGAAGAGCAAAGUACCGGUUCAGCUCGACAUCGGAAACAUGUUGGCGGUUCUAGAAAAGAAACAAUCUCAGAAAGCCAAGCAGGACUCGAAACCACUCACUCUCUCAGUUGGAGGAGGUUUACCUUUCGUACCUAAGCAACACCCUGUUCAGAAGAAACCUGUGCUACUGGACAAGAUGGCACACAAUCCACUGGACUCCACAAGCCCAUUAGUAAAGAAGGGCAAGCAGAGGGAAGUGCCAAAAGCAAAGAAACCUACUGCCCUUAAAAAAGUUAUUAUGAAGGAGCGAGAGGAGAGGAAGCAAAAUCGGUUGGUUGAGGAGCGAGGUGAACCGCCCGAAUGCGAGUCUAUUCAUGCAGAGGAAGAAAACUGUAAAACAAGUGAUGCAGAAGAGGUAGGUACUCCUGCAGAAGAACUUGUCAAACAAAUAGAGGAGAAUAAUGAGCAGAAAGUUCAGGAACCUUCCCCUGAACUGACCACUUCAUCACUGACAAUACCGCACCUGGAGAAACCUAAAAUCCACAGCAGAAAGUUCAGAGAGUACUGCACUCAAAUGCUCAGCAAAGAUGUGGACGAAGGUGUGACGACACUACUAAAAGAGCUGGUGCGUUUCCAAGAUCGUCUCUACCAAAAGGACCCAAUGAAGGCUCGAAUGAAAAGGCGGAUUGUCAUGGGUCUACGGGAAGUUCUAAAACACCUCAAACUCAGAAAAGUUAAAUGUGUCAUCAUUUCACCCAAUUGUGAGCGCAGCAAGGCCAAAGGAGGAUUGGAUGAGGCUCUCCAUACAAUUAUUGACAUUUGUCGGGAACAGGAAGUGCCCUUUAUCUUUGCUUUGUCCAGAAAAGCAUUGGGUCGCUGUGUUAAUAAGGCUGUUCCUGUGAGUCUUGUCGGAAUCUUUAACUAUGAUGGAGCACAGGACAUUUAUCAUAAGAUGAUAGAAUUAUCGUCUGAAGCCAGAAAAGCAUAUGAAGAAAUGUUGCUGAGCCUUGAGCAUUUGGAGUCUGAAGCCUCAGCUGACACAGAGCAGACACAAAGUGCUCCUCAUGACUCGGAAGAACCUGAAUACAUAAAGGUAUGGAAGAAAUUGUUGGAAAAUGAAUCUAAUCAUUCAUUUGUGAACCUUGAGGAGCAGUUGAACUCCAUGUGCUUGGACAGUGACAAUGAUAAGAGCUGA